CCUACAGGAAGUUGUGUAGUUGCGUCGCUAUUUUCACUGGUGUACUCGUGUUUUGUCUAACGCAACCCCAACGAAAAAAAAUCUGAAUCAUAUUAUUUAUAUUUUGCAACGUUUCAUUUUCAUUCCAGCAAAAUGAAACACAACUCCAAUGUCCCUGCAUUUCUCACCAAGCUUUGGACCCUCGUCGAGGAUUCGGAUACAAAUGAAUUUAUUUGCUGGAGCCAGGAAGGGAACAGUUUCCUUGUACUGGAUGAACAAAGGUUUGCAAAAGAGAUUCUCCCAAAGUUUUUUAAGCACAACAACAUGGCCAGUUUUGUCCGACAGCUCAACAUGUAUGGUUUUCGGAAAGUGAUGCACAUUGAUGCAGGUAUAGUGAAGCAAGAGCGUGAUGGACCAGUUGAAUUCCAGCAUCCAUACUUCAAACAUGGGCAAGAUGACCUGCUAGAGAACAUCAAAAGAAAGGUGUCCACUGCACGGCCUGAAGAGGGCAAAAUAAGACAAGAAGAUCUUUCUAAAAUUCUGACAAGUGUUCAGAAUGUCCAUGAGCAGCAAGAAAACAUGGAUGCUAGACUUGCCACCCUGAAAAGAGAGAACGAGGCUCUUUGGACGGAGCUGUCAGACCUCAGACAGAAACACGCACAGCAACAGCAGGUCAUAAAGGAGCUGGUGCAGUUCAUCUUCACAUUGGCUCAGAACAAUCGUUUGUUAAAUUUGAAACGCAAAAGGCCGCUUGCACUGAACAGUAAUGGAAAGAAGUCAAAAUUCAUCCACCAGUUCUUUGAGGAACCCAUGGACCACAGCAAAUCUGCAGUGAAUGGACUCAAUGGACUGAAGAACAAUUCCGACAUUUCUGAUGACGUCAUCAUCUGUGACGUCACAGACGAAGAUCCAGAAUUUACAGAUGGCGUAUCUGUACCGGUUGACCAAGGGGAUGCUGAAAUCGUGGAAGUCGCGCAUGAAAGCAGCCCGACAAUAAAAAACGACAGCACAAACGGCACUGUAACAAAUUCAACCACUCAGCAAGAAGCAGUACCCAAAAGCAGCUCUGACAUUUCAGCGACUAAUAGCACCCUGCAACUGAACAAACCUUCAGGUCUAAGUUUAGAGGAUCCAGUAAAGCUGAUGGACUCCAUUCUCAGUGAAAAUGGUGCCAUUUCACAAAACAUCAGCCUUCUUGGCAAAGUAGAGUUGAUGGACUAUCUGGACAGUAUUGACUGUAGUCUGGAAGACUUCCAGGCCAUGCUGUAUGGAAAACAGUUCAGCAUUGACACAGAUAUCUUAGAGCAGGAAACUGGAACAAAAGAAAACAUAAACAAAGGGAAGUCUGAGCCUGAAAACACAGAUAAGCAGCUGAUCCAGUACACAACCUGCCCUCUGCUGGCUUUCCUGGAUGGAUGCACCCCUCUGGCCCCAUCAGAUUCUCCACCUGAAAACCUGAGCCAGCCUCUAUUGCCCCAGAGCCCUGAAGAACCCACAGACCUUUUGGAUGAGGCUCUGGAGACGGAGAUGCCUCGCAGCUCUUUGAUCCGUCUGGAACCCCUCACAGAGGCAGAGGCGAGCGAGGCCACGCUGUUUUACCUGUGCGAACUGAACUCUGACCUGCCAAGUGCCGACACACCACAGCUUGAUAUCUGAAAGCGAAUCGUCAUGGAAAACUGGAUCUUUUCGUUUUUUGUACAUUUUCAUCAAAAUGAUGAUAUUUAUUUGCCAGAAUGUUUUUGGUACCAUCUGUCCAUGAAUUUGACAUUCCUUUAUUUCAGUUUUUUUUUUUUUUACUGUUCACUACCAUAUAGAUACAUAUACUGUGUUCACUAGCUAGUGUCCUUUCCACCAUCUCCAUCAGGAGAUGGGGCUGCAGUUACAUUGCUGGAUUACAUUGCAGCUGUUUUGUGAAGCACGUGUUUUCCUGUGUUGUUAUUGAGCAGUUCAGAAAAUGUCUCAGCUAUCCUUUAUGUAUAUGGUAUAGAAGUGCCUGCCUGAUAUCUCAAUGUCACUGUACAUAGACGUGAAGACUUUGGCUUAUGGUUAGAUCCAUAAUGUUGGGCAAUACACAGUGAUUUCUUGUUACCGUGAGCUAUUUCAUCAUUAGCUUUGCAGUAGCAUUAAAAGGAACUCAAACAUCAA